GUUUAUAAUUUUGCAAAUUUGUGUAUUGAUGCUGAACUUUUUAUAAGUCUAACGUUAGUAACUGAAUACUGGGAAAGAAUUCGCUACCCUACUAAGAUUGAAGAUUUUGUAAUUUUUACUUGUUUCCGUGGAGUAUACCACGGGCUCAUAGAGGUCGCGCCUGCGUAUCUAGCACGGUGCGGGGAAAUCCCUAAAAUGUCUGAAUCCCCGCUGAUCGAUGAUGAACCUACUUCUAAAAAACACCGCAUUGAUGAAAAUGGUGAAGUGGAUAGAAAUGAUGAUGUAAGACUUUAUUGAAAUGAAUGCUGAUGAGCCAACCAUAUUGGAAUGUCUAAACAGUGAUGUCCUGAGGAUUAUAUUUGGCGAAUUGAGCACUGCUGACAUUUUAGGCUCAGUAGCAGUUAGCAGGAAGUGGCGUAAUGCAAUACUGGAAUAUUUAAAAGGUUCACAUUACUGCUUCGAACACUACUAUUUGCAUAGAUUACAUUUCGUGCCUCGUCUCCUCGGCUUAAUAAAUAUCAAUGACGGGCGUGGAAGUCGCUCGACGCCUUUUGAUAUGAGCCAUGGUGAUCUGAGUAAUUUGAAAACUAAGAUCACGGAGUUGGGCCCUGGCAUUGUGAAGAUUAUAUUGGAUUGCCUUAACGAGAACAUCUUGAAAACUAUCGUCCAGAAUUGUCCCAAUUUAAGGGAACUUAUGGUAGUUGGAAUGACAAGAGAACAUCCUGCCCACGAUGCAAUUGGUCAAAAUGGAACACAACAGUGUGAGUUGCUGUCGUUUAAUGAAGAAGUCCGGCAAUGCUUGAAGGAGUUGCAGCUGAAACGUGUCAUGUUCAUCGAGUGCAAGGCUGUCACCGAUGAUUAUAUCAGGGAAUUCCUUAAGGGCGACUCAAUCGAAGAACUUAUACUCGCUCGUUGCUCAUCAGUUGAAGGAGAUUGUUUAUCUUGUCUGAGCCAGAAUAAGGAAAAUAAGUUAAAAUCCCUUCGUAUAGUCGCUUGCGGAUUGGAGUUCUUGGAACCCGAAGUAAUCGACAACCUGACCGAGCUCACAACGCUCGACUUGAGCAACCACUCGUUAGACUUACUGGGAUAUGUACCCCGCCUGCUGAACAAGACGAGCAAUUUGGAAUGUUUAGUUUUGAAUUGUUAUCCUUAUUCGGAUGUGGCCGACGAGAUCGUGGAGUGCUUCGAGCGGCUCCCCCGGCUGAGGCACCUGAGCCUGUGUUGGAACGACAACGUGGACGACGAGUGGCUGGAGGCCGUGGCGGAGGGCUGCCCGGGGCUGCAGACUUUGGACAUUGAGACUAAAACGUACUAUGCAAUGAACUCUGGUUGCGUUGCAGCUUCCGGUUUCCGGGCGGACCGCCGCACGGUGACGGCGGCGGGCGUCCUGGCGCUGUGCCGCGCCGCGCCGCAGCUCGAGCACCUGGGCGUGGCCGGCAACGCCGACGUCUCCGACGCCACGGUGGCCGCCGUCGCGCGCGCCUGCCCCAAGCUCGAGUCCAUGGAUUUGCGCGGUUGUGCGCGAAUAGCGCAGAACCUGGACGUUCUGAGGGCGCUGGCGGCGCCGGCGCGCGCCGCGGGCCCGCUGCGGCUGCGGCUCGCGCGCACCGCCGCCGACCGGAGCCAGUUUCAGACGCCGCCACAAGGAGUAAUUUUUGACUUCGUGGACGCUCCGAGGUUGUUCAAAUUAGUGUAAUCAAUACCUACAUACAAAGUAAACUAUUUCAGGGUAUGAUCAUAACUCAAGUUAUUAAUUAUUUUAAUAUUCCAAAGUACUUAUAAAGUUAAGUUUUAGAAGUAUUUGUUACAUUUUUUAAUAUAAUUAUGGCGUACAAAUCUUCUCCAUUUAUCGCAUCUCCCUCACCUGUUGCAAACUUAACAGGUUGACCUAAUUUGUCGUACAUUUUCCUUUUAUUAUACAUACAGCUGAAGGGGAUAUGAUUUAGGUAAGUGUAACGCUAUGUGAUUUUUAUGAACAGACUGUUAUUAGAUAGUGAUCGCCAUAUUAGAUAUGUAUAAGUAUUACCACAGAAUAU